UAUAAAUAGCUGUCCCUUGCCCAUUUGAACUCACAACCUAAUCAGCGAGGAAUACUGUGUACAAGAAAUUAAUAGUAAGUACCUGUACACAGUAAGUAAUUAGCGCUGUAUACAAGGCUGAUUAGAACUUAGAACCUCUCCUUAAUUAUUAGCUAGCAGUAAGCUAUAGAGAUCGAUCGAUCAUGGGGUACGAGCUGGCCAUGAAGGCUCUUGUUCUUAGCCUUGUGCUCGGCGCCGUCGCCGGCAUCCGGCCGAGUAAGAUCGUGCGGCAGGUGCCGGCGAUAUACGUGUUCGGCGACUCGACGCUGGACGUCGGCAACAACAACCACUUGCCGGGGAAGGACGUCCCCAGGGCUGACAAGCCCUACUACGGCAUCGACUUGCCGGGCUCCGGCAAGCCCACCGGAAGGUUCAGCAACGGCUACAACACCGCCGACUUCGUUGCAAAGACUCUGGGAUUCGACAAGAGCCCUCUGGCUUAUCUGGUACUCAAAGAACGCAAUAAUCUGAUCCCGAGCGCCAUCACUAGAGGAGUAAGCUAUGCAUCGGCAGGAGCUGGGAUUCUGGACUCCACUAACGCGGGAAACUGCAUCCCGCUGUCGAAGCAGGUGCGGUUCUUCGAGUCGACCAAGGCCGAGAUGGAGGCCAAGGUGGGCACACGCGUGGUUAGCGACCUGCUCGCCAGGUCCUUCUUCCUCGUCGGCGUCGGUAGCAACGACUUCUUCGCCUUUGCGACGGCGCAGGCGAAGCAGAACAAGACGGCGACCCAGAGCGACGUCGCCGCGUUCUACGACAGCCUUCUCUCUAACUACUCCACCACCAUCACGGAGCUGUACAAGCUGGGCGCGAGGAAGUUUGGCAUCAUCAAUGUGGGCCCGGUCGGUUGCGCGCCGCGGGUGCGCGUGCUCAACGCCACGGGCGCGUGCGCGGACGGCCUGAACCAGCUCGCCGCCGGCUUCGACGGCGUGCUCGGCUCCCUCCUUGCCGGUCUCGCCCCCAAGCUGCCAGGUCUCGCCUACUCCCUCGCCGACUCCCUGGGCCUCGCGCAGGCCACCUUCACCAAUCCACUGGCACACGGGUUCGUGAGCUCGGACAGCGCGUGCUGCGGGAGCGGGAGGCUGGGCGCGCAGGGCGAGUGCCUGCCGACCGCCACGCUCUGCGCCAACCGCGACCGCUACAUCUUCUGGGACUCGGUGCAUCCGUCGCAGCGGUCCGCCAUGAUCAGCGCCCAGGUCUUCUACGACGGCCCCGCCCAGUACACCACUCCCGUCACCUUCAAGCAGCUCGCCCACAAGGCUUGAUUAAUUAAUUAAAUUAUUCAGAGAUCCAGUAAAAUGAGAUAAAAUAAAACUAUGCUCAUUCACUCAGAAAAAGAAAACUAUGCACCGUAAUUUGUGCUCGUCUAGUGCUCAUUUGUUUAUUUUUUGCGAACAGUAUUAUGUUUGUUUGGACGAGAUUUAUGUUAAACAUAG